CAGCAGAGAGCGAGCUGUUCCUUCCCUUCAUCUUCUUCAUUAUGUUUAUGCUAGCGGCAUGAAUGCCAAGUAUCGGCUGAACGCAGGAGACAACCACUCACAUAUCACAGCCGAGUCCCGCGUGCGACGAGCAGCGAUUGCACCCAACAAGCAUUCAGCCUCUGUCAUCAGCGCAGCCGUGCGAUCCGCACGCCUCACUGACCUUGGCCCGCUCGGAUCUUCCUGCUUGCAAGUAGCCACUUUGCAUUCGUAAUAUCAUGAGAGACAACCAACGACUUUGAUCAUCACUUGGACUGGCCAGCUUGGGACUUCUCGAUGGAUGCGCAACGAGAGAGGGAACUCCAUGAUUCCAUGGACACGGACGGAGUGCCGGAGAAUCACGAGCUCCUCGAUAAGGAUGAACGCGAUGUAGAAUCGCAAGAACAACCGAACGCCACACCUCUGGAAUACACGGUAUCAACCAGCAAGAAGCUCACUUAUCUCGGCCUCUAUUUCCUCCUCAACCUCAGUGUUACACUAUCCAACAAGGCCCUUCUCCGCAAUGCCUCCCUACCAUGGCUACUCACAUUCUCGCAUACCUUCGCGACAUCAAUAGGAUGCUCGAUGCUCCUGGCAACAGGCCAGAUGAAGCUCUCGAAGCUAACACUACGAGACAACCUCAUCCUUGUGGCAUUCUCAACGCUUUUCACAGUAAACAUUGCCAUCAGUAACGUUUCUUUGGCCCUGGUAUCUGUACCUUUCCACCAAGUCAUGCGAAGCACAUGUCCCGUCAUGACCAUAUUUAUCUACCGCGUGGCGUACGGCCGGACUUACGACCACGAGACAUAUCUUUCGAUGAUCCCCCUCAUCAUCGGAGUAGGCCUGGCUACCUUCGGCGACUACUACUUCACCGCGAUCGGGUUUACACUUACGCUGCUUGGCGUGGUACUUGCGAGCGUCAAGACAGUGGCUACGAAUCGCCUCAUGACCGGGAACCUGAAAUUGCCAGCAAUGGAAGUGCUAUUCAGGAUGUGCCCACUGGCUGCAAUUCAAUGCCUCUUCUACGCCGCCGGAAGCGGUGAAUUUGCAAAGCUACGCGAAUACUCAAACGAAGGAGCCUUCUCGACAGGCAUCCUGGUCUCCAUUGUUGGGAACGCUGCCAUGGCAUUCGGCUUGAACCUCGUAUCUUUCCAAACAAACAAGGUCGCCGGAGCCCUCACGAUCAGCGUAUGCGGAAACGUCAAACAAUGCUUGACGAUUUUACUCGGCAUCGUUCUCUUCAACGUGCAAGUUGGGAUAGUAAAUGGAUUUGGCAUGUUGGUUGCCACAGCUGGCGCUGCAUACUACUCGAAAGUCGAAUUGGACCGGAAGAAGGCUGCAUCAUAAUUUGCAUGUGUGGGCAUUUGCAUUUUUUGAUUCAAUUGUGGCGGAUACCCAAAUAUGGCAUUGCAUUUUGCAUAGGUAGGAGUUGGCAGCAGUAAAGCUCUCAGGACAGAGUCGAUAGAGACAGAACCACCAGAGGAUACAGUCUCCGUUUGAAAACAUCAUCACGUCCUUUGCCCAUUGGCAGAGAGGUAUGUUGCGUUCGUUCAUUCCAUUGCUGAACAGCCA